ACAAAAGUAUUGUUGCAAAGCUAAAAACUACGAGGAGCUUUCCUCCAUACGAAUCAAAGGAGGAGAGAGAGAGAGAGAGGAGACACAGACACAAAGGAAACGGAAAAAGCAACAAAAAGUAAUUAAAAAAAAGGUCUGUGCCUCCUCUGAUAUAUAAGAUAAUACCUAGUGUCUGAGACGAAAGAAAAAAAAUAACAACAUGGAUUAUGAAAACAACAGUUGGAUUUGGGAGGGGGUAAACUACUACCCUCGUGUGUUUGGGGGUCUAAUGGUUACAGCAGCCUUGUUGGGGUUGUCAAGCAGCUACUUUGGUGGGAUUGGGGUUCCUUCUUUGUCACUGCCAUGUUUUUGGUCUAAUUUGGGGAUUUUCCCCAAGAAGAAAUCGGGGAAGAGGCGCAUUCGGGUUUACAUGGAUGGCUGUUUCGAUCUGAUGCAUUAUGGUCAUGCCAAUGCACUCAGGCAAGCAAAGGCUCUAGGAGAUGAAUUGGUUGUGGGUCUUGUGAGUGAUGAGGAGAUCAUGGCCAAUAAAGGGCCACCCGUUUUGUCCAUGGAGGAGAGGCUGACCCUUGUCAGUGGAUUGAAGUGGGUGGAUGAGGUCAUAACUGAUGCUCCUUAUGCAAUUACUGAGAAAUUCUUGAAUCGUCUCUUUCAUGAAUACAAAAUUGACUAUGUCAUACAUGGCGAUGAUCCUUGCCUGCUUCCAGAUGGAACAGAUGCAUAUGCUGCAGCAAAGAAAGCUGGACGCUACAAGCAAAUUAAACGUACUGAAGGAGUUUCCAGUACAGAUAUCGUAGGAAGAAUAAUGACUUCUUUAAGAGAUCCAAAAAUUUGUGAAGAUCAUAAUGGCACCGAGGUAAAACCUCAAGAAAAAAACCAUUCAAAGGCUUCCCACAUAUCCCAAUUCCUUCCAACUUCCCGACGUAUUGUGCAGUUUUCAAAUGGCAAGGGUCCUAGACCAAACGCACGUAUUGUAUACAUUGAUGGGGCAUUUGAUCUCUUCCAUGCUGGCCAUGUUGAGAUACUUAAGAGGGCUAGGGAGCUUGGAGAUUUUCUUCUAGUUGGUAUCCACUCAGAUGAGACAGUGAGUGAGCAUAGAGGAAAUCACUAUCCAAUUAUGCAUCUGCAUGAGCGUAGCCUGAGCGUGUUAGCUUGCCGUUAUGUCGAUGAAGUUAUUAUUGGUUCACCUUGGGAAAUUACAAAAGACAUGAUCACAACUUUCGAUAUCUCAUUAGUUGUGCAUGGUACUGUUGCUGAGAAGUCAUUAAAUUGUGAAAUCGAUCCAUAUGAGGUCCCAAAGAGCAUCGGAAUAUUCCGCUUGCUUGAAAGCCCAAAAAAUAUUACUACUGCCACCGUAGCUCAUAGAAUAAUGGCUAAUCAUGAAGCUUACGUGAAACGCAAUGCUAAGAAAACUAGGAGUGAGCAGAGAUACUAUGAAGAGAAAAAAUACGUCUCUGGAGACUAGAGUGUAUAGAAUGAUCUUGAUCAUUAGUUUGGUUCUGCUCUUCAAGCUUGACCCUGUCAGAGAUGCUACAUACAGAAUGCAUCAUCCAUACAGACUUUGUGAAGGACAAAGAGUGCAGAGUUAUGACUAAUAGAGUAUCGUGGCCAUAACCCAGGAAUACUGAUGUACUUAAUGUCCUCAUUUUUUGUUUGUCAUCUUAACGGCACCCAUGUGGGUCGCCCAUCAGUUUUAUGCCAUUUGGUUUUUGCUGUGGUUUUGAUGUUUUUACUUAUUUAGUGCACUCCAGUAAGAGAUUCCUUACUCUGAUAGUAUAUUGUGAUUAUCAGAAGUUGUACGCAUCCCGAAUGGCUUUGCCUUUAUUUAUUCUGCUUUUAGCAGAAUUAUUAUUUGAUUUGGAGUGUGGAAAACCUCUUUCAUUGUUUCUUAUAGAUGAGUCAAUAAAAGAAAAUUAAAGUUUA